ACAAGUGAAAGCAAGCAAAGAUAGUACUUAGAUCGAGAAGCCGAAGCCACUCUCAUCUCAUCUGAGUUCUGACCAGAACUUGUGGCCUUGUCAGCCCUCACUCUCAGAUGGGUCAGCCCCAAUUGUCCAUUCAUAACACCAUCACCCUUUAUAGGUCCCACCUCCUCUACAUCUCCACAUACAAAACCCCUUCUCCUCCUCCUCCUCCUCCAUCUCCCUAUCUCAUCAAUUUCUCCUCCACCACCACCACCGCCGCCUUCUCCUCCUCACCCUAGCUCCACCUUGAUCUCCUGCUUAAACACUAGAACAUAAUCUAGAGCUAGCUAGUAUAAAUUACUCAAUUUUCUUGAUGGAUAAGAGUGAAAGAGAGACUCAUGACUUCAUGAACGUGGAAUCCUUCUCUCAGCUUCCUUUUAUCCGUCCUGCACCCGUCAAAGAAAAGGGCAUUCGUCUCUUUGGCAUAGAAUUUGGAGGCAAUGACACUAGUGCGGCGGCUGAUGAGUCUGCGUCUGCCGAAACCAAUGAAGACAGUACUGCAAAAGAAAGCGAGACUAGCGGAGAUAACAAUAGAAGAUUUGAGUGUCAUUACUGUUGUAGAAAUUUCCCUACUUCUCAAGCCUUGGGUGGCCAUCAAAACGCACACAAAAGAGAGCGCCAGCACGCAAAAAGGGCUCAUCUUCAGUCGGCCAUGGUUCACAACAGCCUCUCUGAUGCUCAUAUUUAUGGGCUGAUGAACUACAGGAUAGGCUCAACUCCUAACCCACCCAUGUCUUAUCCUUCAUGGAAUAGCCACCCUAAUAAUUCUAGGUUUUAUGGUAGCCAUGGCUCCUACUCUCAGCAACCCAUCAAUGGGAGUCCACUCGGCUUGUGGCGGAUCCCAGCCGUUCAUGGUAGUGCUACUCUUCAUCGAGACCGUUCUGUGCAUCCCUUGCCUUUAUUUGCAGGCGAAGAGUUGAAGCCCUCGCAGGUGAGUGGCUCUAGCUCGCAGGGGCGAUAUGGAUACGAGUCCAAGCCAAGCGUCCAAGACCAUGUGAGUUUAGAUCUUCAUCUGUAAUUCGAUAAAUAUAACUUGAACAAAUGAGAAAGUCAGAUUUUCUUUA